GGCGGAGUGGGUUUCCUUCCUUGUCAAGAUGGCGGCUCCUUUGACACUACUUUUGAUUGUAGCUGUUACUAUCCGUGCAGCCCUGUACAGAUCCAGUUUAGCGGACCUAAUUUCGGAAAGAGUGGAGGUGGUAUCUCCGCUGACAGCCUGGAAGAGAGUUGUUGAAGGUUUGGCUCUGCUUGACUUGGGAGUCUCGCCGUACUCUGGAGAUGUUUUCCAUGAGACCCCACUCAUCAUUUACCUCUUUCACUUUUUGGUGGACUAUGCAGAGAUAACAUUUAUGUUGGCAGAUGUGAUCACCGCUGUGGCUCUCUACCUGACAGUGAAGGAGUACAACAAGCAAGUGUUCAGAAAGCAGAAAUAUGCCUUGGAGGCCGAUCGCUAUCCCCUCGACUGUCUGGAGCUCAUCAGAAGCCCCAAAGAAAUGUUCUACAUCCCUCUGAAGGUCGCUAUGUUUUACCUGUUGAACCCGUUCACCAUCCUGUCCUGCGUGGCCAAGUCGACCUGCGGCCUGAACAACGCCGUCCUCUCCCUCUUCAUCCUCUCCACAGUCAAAGGAAAUGUGUUGCUGAGUGCUAUAUUUCUGUCCUUGGCCACGUACCAGUCCAUCUAUCCUCUCACUCUGUGCGCCUCAGCGCUGCUCUAUCUGAUGCAGCGUCAGUACAUCCCGGUGAACUUCAGGCGUGCCAGCUUCUGGUGGUUCAUCGUUCAGUACGCCUUCAUGUACCUGGGCAGCCUCUUCGUCAUCGUCUGCCUCUCCUUCUUCCUGCUCGGCUCCUGGGACUUCCUGCCGUCCGUCUACGGCUUCAUCCUCUCAGUUCCUGACCUGACCCCCAACAUCGGCCUCUUCUGGUAUUUCUUCGCCGAGAUGUUUGAACACUUCCGCCUCUUCUUCCUCUGCGUCUUUCAGAUCAAUGUUUUCUUCUACACCAUCCCUCUGUCCAUCAAACUCAAGGAGCAUCCAGUGUUUCUGAUCUUUAUGCAGUUGGCUGUGAUCUCCAUCUUUAAGUCCUACCCCACUGUGGGAGACAUCGCUCUCUACAUGGCCUUCCUGCCUGUGUGGAGUCACCUGCACAGAUUCCUGAGGAACAUCUUCCUGGUGUGCUGCGUGCUGCUCACCUGCUCCGCUCUGUUCCCGGUUCUCUGGCACCUCUGGAUCUACGCCGGCAGCGCCAACUCCAACUUCUACUACGCCAUCACACUGCUGUUCAACGUGGCACAGAUUCUGCUGGUGUCAGAUUAUUUCUACGCCUUCUUGAGGAGGGAACACCAUCUCUGCUAUGGACUGUAUCUGAAGAGGAAAGAUGGCUCUGAGGCUACCUUGGUCCUUAAAUAAAACACACACACAUAACUAUACACACAUUCACAAACACAUCACCACCUGGCUGGCAGCCCCCAGGAAGGGAGACUGCUCGGGGUCUCUUUUAUCCUCAAAGGGAACAAACAAGCUGCGGAGGAUGAAAGCCACGCUCAGACAGAACCUUUGGACACAUGCAGAAAGUGUGUCUGGUACAACCUCAUAUGCAAAAAAGCCACAACAUGUCACAUGACUGAGAUUCUGAGAUGGGAUGUAGAAAUCUUGCUCCUGCCAUGUGAAACAAACAACACCAACUAAACAUCUCUUUACUAUUCCUCCUCUGGAGCGCCUUACUUUGGAAGCUGCGCCCUGGGAGGAUGGCUUUUAUUAGGAAGCCUUUCAAAAUAAUCUUGUUUUGACACUCCUCAUUUUGGACGGCUUUUUUUCUUUUGAAGCAACAACUUUACGCAUCAUUUUUUCUCCUGUAGAGAAACGUCAAUCGUGCUGCUGGGGAUUUUAUUUUGAAGCCUUGUUUUUCUUUAAAUACUAUAAAAAUGUGGGAACCGGCCUCUGUUUGGAUCAUUCCUGACAUCAAGCCUUCCCAUAUACAUUUUAAUUAGGAACAAUUGUCUAAAAAUGUCCAUUUAUCUCUGUUGUCCCUCUAUUUCUAAACACAUUUUUUUUUUACAGCUGUCUUUCUUCUAAUACCUAGUGAACAAAUUAAAUAUCAAGUGAACACUAACUUCAUCAUGGUACAUAACAACACUCCUUUAACUGUAAUGGCUUCAAAACUGAAGUUUUUUUAAAGUUCCUAUUACCUGACAAAGACAACAUUGAAUGUGAAAAAAGAAAACACUAAUUAACUAGUUAAUCAAUUAGUAGAUAAGCAUUUAGUCUAUGAAAGGGUAAAAAGAUACAUGUGAAAACUUCAGCUGUCUUGGUCAAUUAAAAUGAUAAAAAUCUGAGUUUACAGUACAUUCAUAUAAGACAAAGAAAAGCAGGAACUCUCAAUUGAUAGGCUAUAGUACGAGAAUAUUGGAAAUGCUUCACUUUGGGAACAUAUCUGAAAUGAUUAAUGGAUUCAUACAAUAGUUAAUUUAAUUAGUAUAAUAUUUCUGUCAAUUUAUUAAUUUGCUCUAAAUGAAACAUUUCUGCCUUGAAUAGAAGCUCCUGACAUACAUUGACUAAAUAUUUCUUUAUGGAUUACAUUCCCACACCCUUAAAAUAAGCCUUAACCUGCCUGGAACAAUUGUUGUAAAGAUUGCUUUUAUUUGAAUGUCUACAGAUGAAUGUUUUCCUUUUAAUAAUUGUGAAAAUAAUUAUAUGUCACAAGAAAUCUCACAUAAAAAGACCCACUCAAAUCAUUUCUACGUCAACGGCCAAAUAGGAGCAAAAAGGCUUCUUAUUGUAAGCUUGUUUUCAUGGGAAAUGAAUUUUGGAUUACUGUACAAGAACAUAAACAUUUAUAACUGUGAAUCACUCACACAGAUACACGUUUUUAAAACCCCUUUGAUACCAAUGAGUGAAAAGUCAUUUAUGAUAUUUAUUUAUUUGAUGCACUAAAACUUUGCAAAUAUAUUUAAUUUGUUUCCUUUGAUUCUUUUGUUUUAUUUCAAGAAAAAGGAGUUCUACUGUUGUUUUGAUACUGUAUAUAUAUUAUUAUUUUUGUUUUGUUACUUAUAUUAAAAUGCAAGGUUUGAAAGGGGCUAUGUUAUAUUUGAUGAAUGAGUGAACAUGUCAUAAAUAAUGAUUAUUAAAUUUGAGGUGUUGGUA